GGUUAAUUUUUUUAAAUAUCUAAAUUUACUACACUCUAUAAUCUACAAUUACAUUUACAUUCCUAAAGUUCCUUCAUCCUCCCUCCUAAUAAUACCUAUCAUUUUUUUAGGUCAAGGACGAUUAUUGUGUUUUCCGAUAAUUUGAUCGAACUAUUGAAAUAGAAUAGUACAUUUUUUAUCUAUUAUUGUGCGUUAAUUGAGUUGAUGAAAUGGCUCAAUGUAAGGUGUGGUUGGAUAAUUAUAAUACAGGGCAAUAUUUUCCUGGGAGCCAGAUUCAGGGAAAAGUUGUAUUAAACUUCACGAGCGAAACCAAGUGCAGAAGUGUAAAAUUGAGGCUGUUUGGCCUCGAACACACAGAAUGGACCACUACAGAAGAAUACACUGAACCAGGUUCUAAUGAGCGCAGAACAAGGGAUAUUACAAUUGAAGGAAACAAUGAAAUAUUCUCUACUGAAUUGAUACUCUAUGGAGCCCAAACUGGUACCACAACUUUAUCUGCCGGUCAGCACAUUUACCCGUUUAAUCUCAACCUGCCUAUCGAGAUCCCUGCUUCGUACAACAACGAAUACGGCUCGGUUUUAUUCAAAUUAAUCAGCAUUGUUGAUCGUCCUAUGGCCUUCGAUUACAAAGACGAGGUGAUCUUUCUAGUGGCAUCUUUGAUCGAUUUGAACCAUCUGAGAAAACCUGAACUUUUGGAAUCGACAUCUUACUCUGAUGAUAAAACUGUUUGUUGCCUAUGUUGCGCUCAAGGUCCAAUCACUAUGGAUGUAACUUUGCCAAAGAGAACCCUCGUGCCUGAAGAAACUGUAAAUGUUUCUGUUCGAAUGAGUAACUUAUCUAACACUAACAUUGAAGGAGUGGAGUUGAAAUUAAAACAGGUCAUCAAUUGCAGUGUUACAACUCCUCAACGUGAUAGCAAAACGAUCAAUAACACGAUUAUUCAUUUAAAAGAAGUGGGCUUGGGUGCUCACGGUGAAAAUACCUAUGUGUUUCCGGUUAAAUUGCCUUCAAACAGUCCAAUUCCCAAUUUUACUUUAUGCCAACUCUUCAAGGUUCAUUAUAAAUAUACGGUUACAGCCGUACUCCCUGGCGUUCAUUCCAAUUUAGAGGUCGAAAUGUAUCCGGAAAUUGGCAAUAUUGAGAUAGGACAUCAGGCUCCUUUCGGAGGAUACCAACCACCUCCUGUUACCACUUACCCUGUCGCUCAACCCUCUUACCCUCCAGCUGGACCUGGUUACCAACAAUACCCUCAAUAUCCUCAAGGAGGAAACCCUUCUCAGAAUUAUCAGGAUCCAGCUCUUCCACCGUAUGGAGCACCUCCUCCGGGCGUUUAUCCUUCAGCUGGAGCGUUUCCACCACCUGCUACGAUGCCAUCAUUCACUGGAUAUACUCCCAAAGCUCAGGAAGCUGCUGGAUAUCCUUCGGCACCGCCCGCAAUGCCUCCUGCACAAUUGCCACCUUCUUAUGAUAGUAUUGAAAAGUAACGCUGUGGAGCUACUGGGAUAGCUACAGAUAUUCAGACUGUUUCUUGUUGAAGGGUUUUAUACAUUUAUUGGGCCCUUUUGUAUUGGGUUUCGAUGUGUUAGGAAGUUAAACAGGUUUAUGGUAUCUUUGUUUCGUAUAAUUUUAGUGCUGAAUGAGCCACUGCAAUCUUCAACUUCGUUUAAAAUACUCUAGAACAUAAACGAACAGAAAUAGAAUAAAACUGAUAAAACUGAUAUGAAAUAUUUUGUUGCAUUCGUUCAUUUUUAGUCAUAUUUUAAUUUGUUUGUCUAAGAUAUUAUGAAUUAUUAUAGGUUUUUUGAUGAUUUUUUGUUUUUUUUUUGUUAAUUUAAGAUCCUAUGUUAAGUUUUUCAAAUUGUAAUGUUAUGUUCAAUAAUUUCUUUUAUUAGUAAGUAAUUUUACAUUGUAACGUCUACCUCGAAUAUUCAAAGAAUAAUAUAUGUAUAACGUAAAACCGUUUAUUGAUAUGUUUACUUUUCUUACACGGGUAGGUAACGAGCAUGUUAAUUAAGUACACAUUCAAAACAAUAAAAUAUUUUAUUACAUUUGUGAACAUGUUUAUUAAAGCUUUUGUACAUGUAUUUGCUAUUCUAAAUACACUAUUUUUAUACAACUUUUUUGGUCCUUUUUAAUUUUAACUAAAUCUUUAACAAGUAACAAGUAAUAUUUUUUGAACUAAUUCAAGAUUAAUAGA